AAAAAUUCCGAAUACUAACGGGAGAGAAAGCGCCUUUCGUCAAAGGUAUCAACAGCGAAGACAAAAACGCCAUACCUGAACUUCACCUGCUUUUCCCCCUCCAUUCUCUCUCUGACUUCAAUAUCACAAUUUAAACAUUUCACUUUCUCAUUUCGUCUUCUUUUCCAAUUAAUCCAUCUCCAUUUCUCUGACAACAAAACUGCGUCGAAUCUAUAUAUAUAGCUCUGUAUUUGGAAAGGAAAGCAGUAUCUGAUGAUCCUUGAUUAGCUUUACAACAGAGAAGAGCUUGGAAUAUACAUAUAUUAUAAGCAAGGAAGCUUCAAGAUGGUGACGAAAGAGAAAGAUGAAGAGUUGGCGCUUUUUCUCGAGAUGCGGAGACGAGAGAAGGAUAAAACUAACCUUUUUCUUCUUUACAACGAUAACAACAACAACAGCAGCAGCAACAGCAAUGGUGUUGAUGCCUCUUCGGGAACCAAUAAUCGUCUUGGUUCGCCGAUAUCUAAGAUAGUUGCCUCUGUGCCGGCCAGAAAGACAGCUGCUGAGAAAUUUUUGGAUUCAGAGAAUGAUAAAUCUGAUUAUGAUUGGCUUCUUACACCACCUGGGACUCCACUUUUUCCUUCUUUGGAGAUGGAAUCACAGAAAACUAUAAUGAGUCAGAUUGGGAUGUCUAAUGCUCGUCCCACUGCUCUAAAGUCAAGGCUGACAAAUAUACAAGAAGAACCUGCUUCAAGGACUAAUGUAGCUUCAAAGCGGACAACUAUGCAAUCAGGAGUAAACUCUUCAAAUGCCGCUAACAGAAGGCCCUCAUCAUCUGGGGGACCAACAACUGCUGCUAGACCUGCAACACCAACGGGGCGGUCCACUUUAACAACUAGUGGUAAGCCUGCAAGACCUUCCACUCCUACUUCUAGGGCCACCUUGCCUUCGAGUAAGCCUGCUGGUCCUACAGUGAGAUCUUCAACUCCUACUAAAACAUCUGCACGCUCUUCAACUCCGGUUUCCAGACCUUCAUUACCACCUUCAAAGUCAAAGUCAAGAUCAGCAACUCCGACCCGCCAAAUGUCAGCCCCUUCAGGUGCAGCCAAUGUGGCUGCUCCUCCUGGUGGUAGGUCCUCGUCAGUGACAAAGUCUGUUCCGGCUACAUUGAAAAAUCCAGUACCAUCACGUGGCUGUUCUCCUACUGUAAAGUCUCGGCCUUGGAAACCUAAUGAGAUGCCUGGGUACUCUCUGGAUGCUCCACCAAAUUUAAGAACAUUGUUGCCAGAAAGGCCAGCUUCCGCCUCAAGGGGUAGGCCUGGUGGUGCAAUUGCUCAAUCAUCGUCGAUUGAGGCUGGUUCUAAAGGUAGACCAAGACAACAAUCAUGCUCUCCUGCUAGAGGAAGGGCUUCAAAUGGUAGGCGAAUCUCCAUUCCCACCAAGAGCAGAACACAAACUAGUAGUGGUGAUGAUGUGAGCCCAGUACUCAUGGGAACAAAAAUGGUUGAAAGAGUAGUAAAUAUGAGGAAGCUGGUACCACCAAAGCAAGAUGACCACUCUACCCAUAAUAAUUCCACUGGGAAGUCAUCUUCCCUUGAUGGCACAGGCUUUGGUAGAACACUCUCAAAGAAAUCUCUGGAUAUGGCUUUGAGGCAUAUGGAUAUAAGGAGAAGCAUUUCGGGUAAUCUACGCCCACUUACCAGCAUUCCUGCUUCCUCUGUGUAUAGUGUGAGGUCAGGAGGGUCUGCAAAAAGCAAGACAUAUAGUGGUUUGGAUUCUCCUCAUGCCACAAGCAGCAAUGCUAGCUCUGAGCCAAGUGUCAACAAUAGCUCCUUUUCUAUUGAUGCUAUAGAAAUGGAAGACAAAGAAUUUGGAAGUGAGAUAUGAAAUUUGUUGCCUCCGAGCCAGCAGGGUAAGCGAUCAUAUUAAUGGGACAAUAAAAGCCAAAUUGAAAUUGAUUCUGCAUUUGCCUAAAAUUGUCCCCACCUACUAUAUUUAUGCUUAGAACCUCAUUUAGCUCAAUAUUUAAGAGGCACUUUCAUCUGAAGGUGAUAGUAGGCAAGGAAUUUACUAUUCCUUGAAAACAGUUUGAAGAAAUUCAGGUGCCUGCAUAUCUGAAAAAUCCUUUAAUAUAUUAUUGGAACCAGUCUGUUGGAAAUAUUUUAUGAACCAAUUCUCUGGAUCAUCUCUUCAACUGUUCCGGUGUAUUAGUUAGUUUUUGUACCGCUUAAAACUUCUCUGAAGAGCUCCUUCAGCUUAUAUACAUGUUUGAAAAUUUAUUGCUGAAAUAGAGUUUUGUUUAUGAAUUUGUAUA